UUCAGAGCGAGCGGGAGGCUGAGCCGGCAGCAUCCCGGGCAUUUCCAUCAAGCGCCCGCCAGCAGCCCGACACCGACUGAAAUUUAGGCGUCUUCAGAGAAGGGAGGAAGAUCCUCAUCUUCCGUAGCCUCCUCAAUGAGUGCCAAGCUCUCCAAAGAGUUGAGGCURUCGCUGCCGCCUUGUCUUCUGAACAGGACAUCUGCCACCUUAAAUACCAGCAGCACCUGCAUCACGCAAGUGGGUCAGCUCUUUCAGUCCUUCUCAUCCACUGUGGUUUUAAUUGUCCUGGUCACCCUCAUCUUCUGCCUGAUCCUCCUCUCCCUCACCACCUUCCACAUCCACAAGAGGAAGAUGAAGAAGCGGAAAAUGCAAAAGGCUCAGGAGGAAUAUGAACGGGACCACUGUGCCCGCAGCAGCAAUAGCAGCAGCCAGCACCCUGGGACAGUGGUGCAGGGAGAGGCACCCCAAGGAAGAGACAGCCGACUGGGAAGACCCCUCCAGGACUCGGAGAUCCAACGCUCCUCUCCCUCAGCAGCCCCCAGCUCUCAGCAAGCACAGGCUUGUUUGGACACAGCUGGUGCGGGGCUCCUGCAGACGGUGAUUUUAUCAUGAUGCUUUGGGGGAGACCUCGCGAAGGCACUGGUUGGUGUUUGUAAAUAUCUGAGUGAUUAUUCUAGUCCCCGAAGAAGAAGAAGAAAAGAUUGCUAAUUCAAAGGAACGAACAAGCCCAUGAUCCAAGCGCAUGACAGAUCACAUUGCGUUUCUCAUUGACUGUGUGAGGAAAGGAUGCAUCUCCUUACURGAGAAGGAGCUGCACACAGCUACUAAAUAUCGAAUCAUCAACCUACAGAAGAGGGUCAGGGGUAGGGGAUCCCUUUUGCUGGGACAUUAUUACCCCGAGGACAGGGAUGUUCCUGCUCUUGGGAUUCCCUUUGCACCCUGUGUCAUCAUUGCAUGGUGUGGGUUGGGGUGUGGGUGAGUGGUGUGGGGGGAAAAACAGAGCUGGUGGGUGCCUUGGGACCCCUUUGUCGUCUCGGAGCAGACUGGUGGUACACUGUCGUCUCUCCCUUUGUGCUGGGAUCUAAGCCCCUGUUCCACCCCACUCACUAUUUUCCAGGACUGGAUAUUGCUUUGUGUAGAAAUGGCCACCCCUAGUUGGGCUUAACUGCAAGCACCCUCCAACCCCAGAGCCCCGCGCCCCAGCUGCAGCACUGAGUGACCCACGAUCUGGGGGCUGGAUCAGCUGUCUGCAUAGAGUGGUGCCUCAACUUUCCUCUCCCAUCAGCUGCCUUCAUCUUGAAAAGCCCCCCUUUCCCCAGGCCAUGAACCGUGAUACCCAAACCCAGGACCGUUSUGUGUGGAAGGGAGAGGUAAUGUGCAGUAAUUUUCCUGUUCUCUCCCAGAGGASGUUGUCUUUGCACCUCCCGUUGGUCCUGAAACAGUCCAGUUCUGCACCAGGCACCUGGCACUGAACGCCUGUGUUUACAGCUUUGUCUCCCAGCAAGGAAUCCUGCAGCAGUACAGAUCUUGCUUCUACUUUUUCAGGCUGAUAUGUAUUUCUAACCCUCCUAAUCUUGUAGACAAUUAGGGACAGACAACACUGAAUUUUCUCCUGUUUCCUCUCUUGGGAAACAAUCAAUGCACUUGUGCAAAACAGUCACUCCUAGACCCUGGCAUAUAUUUGUUUUAGAAGUGGUGUAGUUUAUCCCUAGCAAGCACCGAGAGUUUUGUUGUCUCUGGAUGGUGAGUGUGAGUGGCUGCUGCUCCUGUGUGUGUUGGAGGACACGGUGCCAUUUACAGAAAAUGCGUCUUUGCUUAGUGAUUAAAUCAAUGACCAUUACUUGAAGGUACCUUAACAGUGUGCCAUAUCCAAACUUCGGAACAUCCWGUGUGGUAUGGUGGCAGAGGCAGCCCUCUACUGUGCAUACUAGCAUCUGAAAAUUCCAGCGAAGAAAAAGUGAUCCCGAGGGAUUUAUUAUAUUUUUUGUCCCUUUCUGUUCCUCACUUGAAGUGAUUUGAGGAUAUAGUAAUAGUCUACAGUUUUUAAUAUUCUAUAUCCUUUGUAUUUCUUCUCUGACAUGCUCUGUCUCCCAGGGUGGCUGACCAGACAGAUGGACCCAGACCCAUGGACCRGGAGGUCUGGGGCAGUAAUCUGUGAGUGAAUGUCACUAACCAGUUUAUAACUGGGAAAGAGUGCGGCAGAAGUCCUUUAUAAUCCUCUAACACCCCCAAAACGCAGAGAUUUCAGGGCAGUAUUUCUGUUACCCCAGUUUUAGCGCUUUCUGAUCUUUCGUGACGGGAAAUUGCUGUUAGGUUUGGAUUCGUGCCUCCAGCGUUUUAGGCGCUGUACCGGGGAGCCCAAGGAGCCGCUCCCCGCGUUGAGGUUAGUGUGGCGAACCACCGAGGGCUGUUUGCACAUCGCCGUUUGACGGGGAGCCGCGGCUGGCUCUUGCUGCCAGCCGGUGCGAUCGGCUGAUAAUGGGUACCUCGUUGUUGCUGGGCAAGGAAAUUGGCUUUGUUUUGUUUCCCCUAAUAAAGGAUGCAUGAACUUUUAUGUUUAACCUCCUUAUGCAACUGCGGCACAGUAUUGCACCACAGGGAAUAGAUUUAGGACAAUAAGGAGUGUUCAGUGAGCGGUAAUUGAGCUUCCUGACCGCUGGUCUCCGCUAAACAGAGAGAGGUAUUACUUUCCCCUUUAUUUUGUGCCUUUAAACCGCCCCAUCGCCCCCGCCCCCCCCCCUUCCCCCCCGAACAAACCAACAGUGUAUCAUUUCGAGUUUUAUAAAAGCAAUAAGAUGUUCCAAAUCAUUCCAGUGCAUUUCUGGUUGAUGAUUCCACUUCUUUAGUGUCUGAAGUCAGAUACUCUUCCUUCUGCCUUAUGCACUCAAGGCAUGCAAUAAUUCCCCAGAAGUGUACUGCUUGUCACAUCUCAUUGCAGUUAUAAAAUUGCCCUAUUUUUGAAGAAAAAGAGAAGGRUGGAGAUAUAUAUAUCUUUAUAUAUAUAUAAUGGAUAUACAGGUAUAUGUCUUAUUUAUAUAAUCUCAUGCCACUGAAAGUAGUUGCAAAAGUGUGAAUAGAGUUAAAAUGUUAUGAUGUAAAACUCUAUCCACUGUUAAUUAGCUUUGAUUUAAUAUUUUAAUAUCUCUGUAUUUAUGUAAAUCUGUGUAAAUUAUAUGGUCUAUCAGUAAAAUUUCAUACUGACUUUAAUUUUUGCAGAACCGUGAGCUUCUUGUGGUGUCAUUUAAGGUUUUUUAUUUCCAUAGUUAAACUAGACAAGAUAUGUGAAGUUGUAAAUUCCUAAUAUCACGCAGGAUUACUGCAAUAGGGUUCAUGCGUAUUCUGAAUACACAGCCCUAUCUUGAGGUAUUGCAAGCUUAUGAGGUUUAAUUGAACGGUCUCAGGAGAUCUAGCUGAUACAAGCAGGACACGUAAGUUUUCAUUUUCAUGAAACAAUAAGCAAUCUAGGGAAUAGAUGUGGAUUUUUAAAACAGAAUUUAUGCUUGGAGGUUCUGUCAAAUCAAUUGCUUCAAAAGUCUACAGCUACAGCUAAACUUCUGCACUUAGCAUUCAGUAUUAAUAAGGCUGAUGUUUCUUUCCCCUCCCCCUMCUACUUAAAUUAGAAAAGAGUAGAAAAUCGUUCAUAUUUCUAAAGCAUACAUUUUCAGCUAAAUGUGAAACCGCCCAAAGGGUUUUGAAUAUACAUAUUUUAUGCAAGUAUAAUAUCUAUGUAUCUGUAUCCAUAUAUUUAAAUAUUUUUGUGUAACCUUUUUUACAAUAUUUGAUAGAGAUGUGGGGUAAAUGCUUGUACCAUUCCUUAACACGAGCAAGGAUUUUUACCCUCUCGAUGCGGACAUUCUUUUUCCUGUGAAUUUGCACUGGUUUUGACAAGUAAUGACGACGACUGGGCAGCUGAGUGCUGACUGAUGGAAGCACAGACUGUCUUUCAUUUUUUAAGGGGCACAUCCUCCAGCUGGAUUUCCCUGGUUCUGAAUUGGAGCUGGUUGGCCACUAGCAUCCUGCAUGUGURAGAAUAAGAAGUACUGUGGUGCUCAAUAGUUCCUGUCUGGUGCAGCUGUCAUUCUGUGGAAGAAGCACAGCAGCAGUGACUCCUUUUGUAGAGUCUGGUGAGAACAGAGACGAUGGGCAAUGUGAUGGUCAUGGUGGGACUAGAUUGGAGAAACAGUGAUGCCUCAUCCUGCACUCCUGUCCUCAGASCCUGCUGCUGCCCUGGGGAUUCAUCCAACUCCCGCUGGCAUCAACAGGAGUGGCUUGCACUGACUGCCAAGGGACUGGGAUCCCAUCUGUAGUCCACACGGAGGGUGACAGCUUUCCACAUCGCCACCACUGACCCUGUUGUGCUCCUGUCCCAGCAGCCUCCAAGGGGAUGGAAACCACUGCCUCCCACGGGGGCUUGGUGCUUCAGCCUGGUGGCACUGGGGAACCCACACUGCUGCUGUUAGCUCUGACUAUGGACUGAGGCAUUUGGGUUUCUACAUGGAUCGUGGACAGGGAAUGUCAUUUCACUCAAAUGUAUCAUUCCGGCAUUUUUUUCUGUGUGGGUUUGUCUACUGCGAAUGUAGUUUCCGAUGAAAUUUGCCGGGCUCUCCAUCCAGAUGUAUUUUAACUUUUGAUACAUCUCUCUCAGAUGUAUAUCUAUAAACUUGUAGAUAUAUAUCUCAAAAGAAAUGCUGGACAAAAAGCAAAGAACAUAGACUUCACAUUAUUGACACAAUUGUCCUAUGACAAAAAAAGCUUUUUUUUUCUUUUAUUUAAAACUAAUUUUAGAGGCUGCAUCUUUAAUGUAAAUUGCAAGUUACUCUGUGAUUAAUAUUUUCCAUAGCAUUUCUGAGUAAUUGCUGUCUUGUUUCUGGGAAGCUGUGUCAAGUGUCAUGAAGCAACUGUGCUCUUUUCCUUCUGUUAUGAAUAGGAAUGCAACUUCUAUGUAGGGAGGAAAAAACAGGAUUUGACUCUUUAGAUAGGACUGAAUUAUUUUAAAUCUCGUCAUAGGACUUGGUUGCUUUUUUCCUUUCUUGUGGUUGUUAUCUCUGCACGAUCAUGUUUUUUCUAUGGGUACAUUGAAACCCUACAUUUUAAUAAGAAUCAAAGAUAUGAAGGUAAACAUGACGAAUUAUGUAGGAAACAUUAUUUUUCCUCUUUUGUGUAAAUAUCAAAAUUUAUAAUGACUUAGAUACCAUUUCAUUACAUUUCUCAUCUCUAUAAAAUUUGGCAUGRCACAUACAACAACCUUUAAUGGCACUUUCAUUUAUGUUAAAAGUUAGAACUACUUUUAUCCAGGACUGACUUUCUCAUCCCUUUCAGGUAUUCAACAUUUUUUCCCCUAAGCGAAGUUUUCCAUCUGAUUGCUAAAUAAAUUUCUAGUAGAACAGAGCCUCCUUCUGGUUUUAGUCUUUUACAUGUUGUUUUCUGGUCAGAAUCUAGCCAAACUCAUUAGUGUAGAAAAUGUGCAAAAACUGGAUGGCGUAUGAGCCUUGAGGAAAGAGGUGACUGGCAAGCAAAGAGGUGAAAUGCCUGGUGAUGUAAUAGUUGGCUUUCUUGUUUGGAGUUGUGGAAGGGAAGUGUCCCCUUCCACUGGAUGGACCUGGGUGAAGGGUGACCCAUUCCAGCCACAGCGGAGACAGGUAUCUAUGCCCUUGCUGAUACUGUUGCUUGAAAACGUCAUUUUCUAUAUGACAUAGAUCUUAUUUCUGUAAAUUAUAUGUAAUGUAUUUCUUAUUCAAGUCAAAGAGGUUUUCAUUGCUUCAUCAGUAUUAUAUGUUCUCUGUGGAUAAUUAGAAGAAUUAAUUUUCCAUCCCUUUUAACCCAAUACCUCUACAAGCAUCAAUUUUGUAUGAGUUAGGAAAUAAAUAAAUAUUUGGAUCAGAACCCUGUCAGUAAAAAUUGCCUUUAUUUAUAUAAUCUGGUGUUCCAGUUGGCUUCUCUUUGUUGUUUCCUUCCUUGAAAUGGAGCAAUAUAAUUGUUCAUUUUUUACUUACUGAAGAGGACAAAGACUUUAAAGCAAAUACUGCAAAUACAGAUGUACAAAGACGAAAAG